AUAGAUUCAUUCAUAUAAUUUCAGACCAGAAAAGAGAAUUUAGUCAAAAAGAUUCCUGGAGAAUUGUUUUAAGCAAUUCCAGCCAAGCCAGGGAUCGUGUUUUAGGAAAUCACCCAACAGGUGGGAGCAGAACCUCAGAGCAGGGCUGGUAUCAAGAAGGGAUGGAGGCAGAUGAUAAAGGGGAACCACAAGCUUGCCCAGAGCACUCAUUAGAAGCAGUCAGGCAGCUGAUGAUAGAAUAGGAGUUUGAGCAUGACCCAGCACCCAGGGAUAUCCUUUAUCAAAUACAUUAAUUACAAGCUCAGAGGGGCAAGUCCUGCAGUCCCCCAGAUUGUGUGGGAACACUGCUUCUGCUCAUAGUCGAGCAAUAAACACAGCAAGGUGUAGUUUUUGAACAUCAAGAUACCCAGCAGCCAAAGCCAGAAAUGAAAAUGUCAGUCAAGUCUUGAUGGUCUGCCACAGAAAUCAGCUGGAGCUUCAGAAUACCAUGUGAGGUUUGGGAAUGUUCACAUAAAGCCAGUGGUCACUUCCCCCUCUUCUGAGGGUUGCACAAAGACCAGUGCAGCCCGUGUGGCUUUCUCUCAGCCCAAAGCCUCUGGCAGGGCCUGACACUGGCUGUACUUCACCACUGCCAGAGCUCUGAGCAGGUUCUGUGAUAUUCCAACAGCAGCACCUUGUCCUGAACCAUGGGCAGCCAAGCACAGCUCCUCCUUUUGGGUACUCCACCUCCUUCCUUCUCCAAAACGAAUGGGGCCACAAGUAAGCCGUGCUUCUCCAUCCCCAUCUUCCUAGUUUUCUUUCCAUACUCACUUUUCCAUGAUGCAGAUUUUUUAUCCCUUCAUUUUCUUCUCCUUCUGUCUCCUGCUUCCCUCCCUUUCCCCCUCCCCCUGCUUUCUCUCCCUCUGCACUUUGUGAACUGCUGCAGCAGUGCUGAAGUCCAAAGUUCAGUAACUUGCUAAAGCACACAGAUAAAUAUGAACCUUGGAGAAUUUACAUUUGCUCCAAUGUAAACAGAUAGCCAAGGGUCCCUUUAUCAGCACUGGCUGAGGACAGUCGUGGGGGGUCUGAAGUGGCUCAAUUUUGUAUUUUGUUUUUUUUGGGGGGUGUAAAGGCGGGAGGCUGCGCUGUGCCCACUCUCCUGACAGUCGGGCGCGUUACCUCAGGAACAUGGUGUAGGGAAGCUGGAAGCAGGAUAACCCGAAAUUCAAACCCAGGAGACACCAGGCUGAAGACCAUGGUCUCGAAGCUGACUCAUCUCCAAGUGGAGCUGCUGGAAGCGCUGCUGGAGUCGGGGCUGACCAAGGAGACCUUGAUCAAGGCACUGAGCGAAGCGGAACCCUACGGGCUCCAGAGUGAAAGCCAGCGCGCUAUCAAUGCCCUCCAGAGCGAGAAAGGGGAGCCCUGUCCCGACAUCCCCAACCUCCCCAACGGAAUGGGGGAGUCCCGGGUAUCAGAAGAUGAAACCUCAGAUGACGGAGAGGAAUUUACCCCUCCAAUAAUGAAGGAGCUGGAAAACUUGAGCCCUGAGGAGGCUGCUCACCAGAAGGCUGUGGUGGAAAGACUAUUACAAGAGGAUCCCUGGCGAGUAGCAAAGAUGGUGAAGUCUUACCUCCAGCAGCACAACAUCCCUCAGCGUGAGGUGGUGGACACCACUGGUCUGAACCAAUCCCACCUCUCACAACACCUCAACAAGGGCACUCCCAUGAAGACCCAAAAACGGGCAGCCCUGUACACCUGGUAUGUCCGAAAGCAGCGAGAGGUGGCCCAGCAAUUCACACACGCUGGCCAGGGUAUCCUGUCAGACGAGCCCAUGGGAGAUGACCUGCCCACCAAGAAGGGAAGAAGAAACCGCUUUAAGUGGGGUCCUGCCUCACAACAGAUCCUGUUCCAAGCCUAUGAGAGGCAGAAAAACCCCAGCAAAGAAGAGAGGGAGGCACUGGUGGAAGAGUGCAACAGGGCAGAGUGUAUUCAGAGAGGUGUUUCCCCAUCUCAGGCCCAGGGACUGGGCUCAAACCUGGUGACAGAGGUCAGAGUUUACAACUGGUUUGCCAAUCGCAGGAAAGAGGAGGCUUUCCGGCACAAGCUGGCCAUGGACACUUUCAGCGGACCACAGCCCACCUCUGCCCCUCCUCUAACUCCCCACAGCUCCUCCUCCCUUCAGCCACCACCUGCUCUCUCACCCAGCAAAGUUCAUGGAGUGAGGUACAACCAGCAGCCAGCCAGUGAGGCAGAGUCCUCCAGCAGCAACCACCACGGGAACAGCUCCAUGGUGACCACCCAAACCAUCCUGCAUCAGGUUUCUCCCCCUGGACUGGAGCCCAGCCAGAACCUGCUGAGCACAGACACUAAGCUGGUAUCAGCUCCUGGAGGAACCCUCCCUCCUGUCAGCACCCUGACUGCCCUGCACAGCCUGGAGCAAAGCCCACACACGCUGAGCCAGCAGACGCAGAACCUGAUCAUGGCCUCCCUGCCGGGGGUGAUGGCGAUCGGGGCGGGCGAGACCCCGUCCCUGGCACCCGCCUUCACCAACACGGGCGCCUCCACCCUGGUCAUCGGCCUGGCCUCAACCCAGCCCCAGAGUGUUCCUGUAAUAAACAGCAUGGGGAGCAGCCUCACUACCCUGCAGCCCGUUCAGUUCUCCCAGCAACUGCACCCAUCCUACCAGCAGCCCCUCAUGCAGCAAGUGCAGAGCCACAUCAACCAGAGCCCCUUCAUGGCUACCAUGGCUCAGAUACAGAACCCUCACGCUCUUUAUGGCCCCAAAUCUGAAGUGACUCAAUACACACACACAGGCCUCUUACCACAAACCAUGGUGAUAACAGACACAGCCAAUCUCAGCGCCCUGACCAACCUGACACCAACUAAACAGGCAUUCACACCUGACUCAGAGACUCACACCGAGUCUGGGAUGCACACACCAGUGUCACAGGCACCAACAAUCCAUCUACAGAACCAGGACACAACAAUCCAGCACCUUCAGCCAGGCCCACGCCUCACCUCGAGCCCUGCUGUGUCCUCCAGCAGCCUAGUGCUGUACCAAAGCUCUGACUCCACCAACAGCCACAGCCAGCUGCUGUCAUCCACUCACAACGUCAUUGAGACCUUCAUCUCCACACAGAUGGCAUCUUCCACCCAGUAACCACCACAAGAGCUCCUGAGUGACUGCCACAACCAACCUGCCAGGUGCAACUCCAGCCGUGCUUGCCAUCACAGCCUCACACAAACCCCUACUCAGCUGCCUCCAGGAGAGAAAAAGUCUCAGGCUCAAGACAGAAAACAUGGAAAGAUGAUGCUGGCACUGCUGAAAUCCACUGCCACCCCCUCCCAUCCCCCCCCCCCCAAAAAAAACAAACCACAGCAAACCCAAACCCUACCAGCCAGCUCAGAAUGGCUAGACAUCCUUUUGUGGCUGCCCAAGAAGGAAUCCCAACAGUGCCAGGAUGUGGAUGGGAUUUAUUUCAGCUCAGCUUUCAUCAAGCUGGGUCUGUAUAAACCUGCCAGCACCAGACUAAAUCAUGUGGGAAAGAGCAAGGCUGAGCUGCCAAAGAAGGGACACCACCUUUAAACACUCUCCUCCUUUGCUACAAGGAAGCACCAACAGGAACUAUAAGAAAUAACAGCACCUUGGAAGUUCCUGACUUUGCAAUGAGAAUAACCAAGAAACAGAUUUGGGAAUUGCUUGGCACAAAUCUGUCAGUAUGGGAUCACUGACAAGCUACAAAUCCUUAAUUAACUACCAAAAUACCAAACAUUCUUGGUUAAAAAUGACCUGCUCUAAAAUCAUGCUAUCCUAGUGGAAAUGGCUUGGUUGUUUUUGAUAUAGCUCUGCUUUGUUUUAAAUGCAGAAAUUAAAGUUUAACAGCUGCAAGGAGAUUCCAGUUCUCUGCAUAAACCCCGUGGAUUCUCA